AGUCUGGGCUAGGCUUUGGGACUUGUUGGCUCAGGCCUGGUUAGGGUUCAGGGAGGACAGAGGGAGGACUGACAGAGGUCCUGAGAACAUGACAGAUAGAGGUGGAGGGAGUUGGGGACUUGUUCCUGCUGUGUAAAUGGCCCUGACUCCGUUCAUCCUAAACUUCGUAGGCUUGGCCUUUAUUCCAUCUUCAUGAAUCACAGCGGCAGAUCCCUUCAGAGUGGGGAGAGGAAGAAAGGAGAAAUGGACAGUGGAUGAUUUUGGAGUUGCUUAAACUUCUGAUUCGGGUUUAGAUAUCUGUGCCACUUGCCACGAACGUGCCACAUGCCAGCAGAGAGAUGGCAGGAAGAUCUGUAUGUGCAACUAUGGCUUCGUGGGCAAUGGGAGAACCCGGUGUGUUGAUAAAAACGAGUGCCAGUUUGGAGCCACGGUGGUCUGCGGGAACCACACCUCCUGCCACAACACCCUUGGAGGCUUCUACUGUGUCUGCCUUGAAGGCUAUCGAGCUACAAACAACAACAAGACAUUCAUCCCCAAUGAUGGCACCUUCUGCACAGAAAUAGACUGCGGCCCCCCUCCAGAAGUCCCAGGCAGCUAUAUUAUAGGAAAUUACAGCUCAAGGCUGGGAAGCCAGAUCCGUUAUAGUUGCAAAGAAGGAUUUUUCAGUAUCCUGAAUGAUUCUGUGUCAAGCUGCACCCCCCAGGGCACAUGGGAUUUGCCUAGAUUACAUUGCCAAGAGAUCAACUGUGGCAGCCCUCCUGAAGUGCUGAACGCCAUCUUGGUGGGGAAUCACAGCUCCAGCCUCGGUGGUGUGGCUUACUACAUCUGCCAGGAGGGCUUUGAGAGCCCUGGAGGAAAGAUCACUUCUGUUUGCACAGAGAAAGGCACCUGGAGAGAAAGCACUUUAACAUGCACAGAAAUAACGACAGAAAUGAAUAACGUAUCAGUGUUUAAUAACACCUGUCUGAGGUGGCAAAUAAGCUCAGGAGGAAUAAACUCCAAAAUAAUGUAUGUGAUAAACAUAAAAGGACGACGGUCGGACCCUCUGGCAUCAGUUCAUGAGGAGACAGUCAACUUGACCACAGACAGCAGAACUCCGGAAGUGUGCCUCACCCUGGACCACGGCACGAACUACACGGUGAACAUUUCCACCGCUCCUCCCAGGCGCUCUGUGCCUGCCAUCCUUGGUUUCCAGACGACUGAAGACGAUUUCUUAGAAGAUGAUGGAAUUUUCAAUAUCUCAGUGUUUAAUGAAACUUGCUUGAGACUGAGAAGGCAUUCUAGGAAAGCUGGAACAGAACAAAUGUACCAAUUUAAAGUCCUGGGUCAAAGGUGGUACCUGGAGAACUUUUAUCAUGAAACAUUUAACUUUACAACAAGCGAACAAGCUCCAAAAGUGUGUUUGGAUCUGUAUCCAGCAACUGAUUAUACAGUGAAUAUCACCCUGCUGGGACCUUCUGAGCAGCACUCAGUGCAAAUAAUAAUGAUGACUGCACCAUCAGUAAAACAGACCAUCAGUAACAUUUCAGUAUUUAAUGAAACCUGCCUGAGAUGGAGAAAUAUGAAGACAGCUGGUAUAGAAGAGAUGUAUUUGUUCCGCGUCUGGGGCCAGAGAUGGUAUCAGAAGGGCUAUACCGAGGAAAUGAUAUUUAAUACCACUAGUAGCAGCCAGUCUCCUGAGAUGUGUUUGGACCUGCAGCCGGGUACCACCUAUAAUGUCAGCCUCCAGGCUUUGUCUUCAGAACUUCCUGUGGUCAUCUCCCUGACAACCCAGAUAGCAGAACCUCCUGUUCCAGAAAUAGAAUCUUUCACAGUGCAUAGAGGACAUCUACCACGCCUCAAGCUGAGGAAAGCAAAGGAGAGAAGUGGACCUAUCAGUUCAUAUCAGGUGUUGGUGCUUCCACUGGCCCUCCAAAGCAUAUUUUCUUGUGAUUACGAAGGUGCUACCUCAUUCUUUAGCAAUGCCUCUGAUACUGAUGGAUAUGUGGCAGCAGAACUACUGGCCAAAGAUGUUGCAGAUGAUACCAUGGAGAUAUCUAUUGGAGAUAGGCUGUACUAUGGGAAAUACUAUAAUGCACCCUUGAAAACAGGGAAUGAUUACCAUAUUGUAUUGCGAAUCACAAGUGAAUGGAAUAAGGUGAGAAGAUACUCCUGUGCAGUUUUGGCUCAGGUGAAAGAUUCGUCACUCACACUGGAGCAGAUGGUGGGUGUUGGACUGGGCUCCAUAGCUUUUGUGAUGGCUCUGGCAUUCUUCUCCUUCUUAGCAGUGUGAUGGCAGAUGGUACUGCACUGGUGAAGAUACACUGCUAUGGAGCGGAUGUCUGACAGCUUCUCAGGUGCCUGCACGUGUCUGUCCAUCCAGAGGGUGUGUGGAACUUUCUGCAUUCCCAGCGUGGCCUCAUCCUAGAUUCAACAUGGUGGCUGUCACAGUGGAGUCCCCUAAAAGGAGAAACUCAGGAAUUAUUGACCUCUUUCCUGCUUCUUCAGGACCAGUUCUAUGUCUGUGAAUUUCAGACGUUUGAUGUCUAAUGUCUUAUUGACCACAGGCUGUGGCUCAUGAGAGUCUGGUCUGAGUGAUACCUGAGAGUCAGCUCCUCUAGACACUGGAUACAUGGUAGUCUCUGGAUCCUUCUCUAUAGCAUCUCUGCUAAUUAGAACCCAUUCCUCAGGAUGUAUUCUUCUGUAAGAAGCAAUAAGAUAGGCUUAGGUUUGGACUAAAAUUGGACUUUAUGAAGGAAGUCAUUGAAAAGGUUGGCUCAGCUCCAAGGCUCAGUAAGAAAUGAAGGGGGAAAAAAAAGAGGGUUGUGGCUUCCUUCCUUCUUUUUUACUCUGUCGGGUAGGCCUAGACUAGGCCUAGGGUUUUCUAGAAUAUUCUAGAAAUUUCUAGAAUAUGUUCUAGAAUUAAAAACUGCGCAGAAGAAAAAGAGGGUUGGUUACAUUGCACAAGGUCAGGGUGGAGCAUAUAUGAAUGUGGUCCUGAAUUGUUGCACCUAAAAUUCUUAAAAAGUAGAAAGCUGUUUUUGUGUGUUUUCCUCUGCUGCGUAUUGGUGGAGGAGGAGGCUGAGUGGCCUAGCAAGGUGGUCUGGUUGUCCCCACCAAAUCUCACAUUGAAAUUUGAUUGCCAUUUGCACUAGUGUUGGGGAGGUGUAGGGCCUUUAAGAGGUGAUUAGAAUGAUCAGGAAGGAUUAAUGCCUUUCCUGAGUGUGACUGAGUUCUUGGUUGUUAUAAAGUGAAUUUACCCCUUGUUUGUUGUGUCUUCCACAUAGUCCCACUUGCCCCUCUGCAAUCAACUGGGCUUUGAAAUGGCCUGAGGCCCUUAUCUAAGGCUGAAUCCAUGCCAUGCCCUUGGACUUCCCAGUCUACAGAACUCUUGAGUCAAAAUAAACCUCUUUAUUCUAUAAAUGACCCAGGUUCUGGUAUUGUUAUAGCAACAGAAAACAGAUGAUGGUAUCUGGGCUUGUGAGAAGAUGAGGAUAAAACAGGAGCAAGUGCUAACUGUCCAUCAAGCUGUUCCAUACCAGGAGUAGGGUGGCACAUUCAAUUGGGAAAAGUGAGAGUUGGAGGUGAUGUCUUGACAUUUGUACAUUCAGUGUCAGCUGCACUAGGAGUAGUUGUCUUCUGUUCCCUGAGCUACUACCCUAGACUAUGAUUUAUAAUCAGCUUUUAAAAUCUUCACUCUCAGGUGAAUUAUAGAGUAGGGCUCUCAAUAGACUAAUACAAAUAGCUUUCCACUUUUUAAUAUUUCUAGGUGCAGAAGUUCAAAAUCACCUGAUUUUUCACUCAAUUUGGAAUCAUUAUGAAUUGUUAAAGUGUAGUGCAGAUCCUUUAAUGAAAAAGAAGAAAUUCAGGGCCAUCUUUAACAAAAGAGAUAAUCCACUCUCCCUGUUUUGUUACCAGUUCUGUAAACAUGCUGUGUUUCUUUAUCUCCCUCAUUUCCCACUCUGGAAUUAACUGAAAAAGUUGUCCACAUGGGGAUACAUUUGCCCCCAAAAUAACAGUUGUCCAGAUAGGGACUCAGCAUAAUUGUUCCAGAAAGAAAUCCUGCUUGCUUAUUAUCAAAACUUUUGGCUUAAAAUAACUUACUGACUAUUAAGUAAAAUAGCAACUUCUGGGUAUAGUGCACAGAUAUAAACACAGUUCAUGUAUAGUUACUAAAAUAGAAAAAACACAGACUUUGUCAUUUCUUCUAACUGAUCCAAAUUAUAAUUCAAAGUUGCUCAGUGUUAAUACGUAACAGAAGCAGGUACUGAGCAUUUGUGGAAAGGAUACUUAAUUUUCUCACAGUUCUUUUCUAAUUUAUUCUUAAACGUGAUGCCAGCUUUAAGUUCUCUAAAUUUGCCUAGUACCUUUACCUUAAUACCGAUUUUCCCCCCUCUAUGUGGAUUCCUAGCUAAAGGGGAGAAGGGGUGUCUCAGAACACUGAUAGUCGGUUUUCCUGGGAGAAUGCAGGGCCUUUCUGUCCAAUAGGCACGUCCACAUGUGUCUUUUUCAUUAUAUCCCCAGAACAGUUCUUUCUGGUAGCGUCAGGGUGAUGAGUCUCUCUGUGGAAUGGUGACAUGGGUUCAGACACAUCUCUUCCUUCAAUUAUGGGCCAAGUCUUCAGACAGCAAGACUACUUUCUUUUUUGGCAUUUGCUAGCCCUUGAACUAGCUACUGAACUAAUUUUUGGACAGGCUUUUUGGUUCUUGCCAAAGCCAAGCCUUUAAAUUUCCAAACAGCUUUACAUAUAAUUUGAAGUAUUACCUUUAUUAUACCAUAUGUGUCUUUUAUAUCUGUCUUUUCAUUGUAAGGCACCUCACCCAUCACUUGUAUAAGGGGCCACAAACAGCAAAGCAAGUGGAUGCAGGUUGGUUAGGAAAAAUAGAUAAUAGUUUGUUUUCUGACUCAAGCCCUGGAAUUGGAGGUGAAUACUUAAGACCAGAGCAGCAGUGACUAUCUUGAAAUUCCACAUUAGCUUGGAAUAAAGUUAACAUUUAAGUUAAUUUUAUAAGGAUAUAAAAAGAAUUCUCAGUGCUCCAUUUUUUUUUGGUACCGG